AUGGCUUCCAGAAAGAUGACAAGAGCAUAUCCGAAUUUUUUAGAAUUACCUCUGGAUCCGUCACAUCCUCCGUAUACGGCAUGGGGACUUUGGGGCAUGGAUGAUGAGCUUGGAACGCUGAACCACCUUACGCCAGAGAGGACAGUAGCUGCCGCGAAGGAAAUCAAGACAGGUCGCCGGUUCGGCAUCAACUGGGCACUGGAACAGAUGGACUACACCGGAGGCUUUCGGGAGACAAUCAAGCAUGAGAUUUUUGAAAUUGGAAGGAACAUGAACGAUGACCGCAUAACAUUCAACACUCAAACAAGUACACAGUGGGAUGGGCUAAGGCAUUGGGGGUUUGACGAUGGGAAGUUUUACAAUGGUUUUACGCAAAAGGAGAUCCUCGAAAACAAGACUUCACGCCUAGGCAUACAAGCUUGGACACAGGAAGGCAUCGUUGGAAGGGGAGUUCUGAUAGACUUCGUUUCGUUCGCUGAACGUAACGGGAUCAAAUACGAUCCACUAGAGUAUUAUGCCGUACCAUUAAAGGUUGCAAAACAGAUUGCAGCGGAAUGCAAAUUCGAGUUUCAGGCUGGAGAUAUUAUCCUUCUUCGCACUGGUUUCACUACCGCGUUCGAGUGCGCAAGUAUGGACAAGAAGAAAGAAGUCAUGGCAAAGUCUCCCUUCCAAUAUCCAGGGUUUGAGAGCAACUUCGAAGUUCUGGGGUGGCUCUGGGAUACCCAAAUUGCUGCUGUCGCAGGUGAUUGCCCUGGAUUUGAAGCAUGGCCUCCAUCAGAGCAUGCAAUGCAUCAAAUCCUGCUCGCUGGAUUUGGGAUGCCGAUUGGAGAGAUGUUUGCACUCGACGAGUUGGCGAAGGAAUGUGAGAAGCAGCGGAGAUGGACAUUCUUUUUGGCGAGUGAACCGCUGAAUGUGAAGGGAGGCGUUGCGAGCCCACCAAAUGCCUUGGCUAUUAUGUAG